AUGUUAGCCGAUCGAUUUGGUUCUGGUCGUAAGCUCGGUGUCGUGAUGGGCACAGUACUAUCCGCAAACACCUUAGGAUUUAUCACCGGUCCUUUGGUUGGUGGAGUCCUCUAUCAAUAUUGGGGCUACACUUCUCCCUUUGUUUUUUGUGCCGCACUUUCCUUUAUUGGCUUUCUCACGGUGUGCACCAUCGUGGAGCCAAUUUAUUUGAAAGAGUGGGACCGUGCAAUAAGUAUUAGGAACGAAGAACUAUCGGACUCGAAUGAGAACAACGAAUCUAUGAAUGACUCCCCUUCAAUAUUUAGUCUCAUAAAAGAUCACAAUGUUAUCACAAUCUGUGUGAUAGUCACAACUGCUGCUAGCGUAUUUUCCGGCAUAGAACCCACACUUCCGAUACAUCUCCGCGAAAAAUUCAAUGCAAAUGCAUCACAGAUCGGACUCGUCUACGUUUCAGUGGUAAUACCAACAUUCAUCUCCCCACUUGUCGGCUACAUAUCAUAUGUAAUCGGACAACGAAACACAAUCGGCAUAGGAAUGGCCUGUAUGGCCUUGGCGUCCCCAUUGACCGCGCUGCCUGAAAAACUUUGGUUAGAAAUAGUUCCCCUGUUAUUCUUCGGAAUCACUUAUUCUAUAAUCAUUACGCCAACACUACCACUAUUAGGUCAAAAGGUCGCCCAAAAAGGUGGCGGUGCGUACGGACAAGUAUACGCAUUAUGGAAUAUGGCUUAUAGUGUUGGGAUGUUUGUAGGACCCGUGGUAGCAGGCAUGUUGUUAGAAUAUAACGGAUUUCUUGGUGCAAUGCUUAUAUUUAGUUUGAUGUCUUUAUGCGUUACACCUUUGGCAUUUGUACCAUCCGCUUGGUUUGAAAGAAGUGUUAGUGGUGAAUAUUGCAGAGUACCUUUAGAUAAUCCAAUGGAGAAUUAG